ACUUUUACUCCUAGAAAAUGAACCUGAAUAUGUUUUUGCGUUUCAGGUUAUUAUUAGCAUGGUGACGCGUCUCUAUCUAAUGGCAGAAAGUAACAGGACCAACGAGGCUCCACAACUCAUCUUGUGCAGUAAUCAAGCAAAGAUUUAUGAUUGUAAUCAGUCAGAUCCCAUGAGAUCUCAGAGCCCGAUGCCGCUGGUGGACGCCUGGCUGGUCCCAGUGUUUUUCACCCUCAUUAUGUUUGUAGGCUUGGUGGGGAACUUUUUAGUCAUCUAUGUCGUCGUCAAAAACCAGCAGAUGAAAACGGUCACAAACCUCUACAUAGUUAAUCUUGCAACCACAGAUAUACUUUUCCUGGUUUGUUGUGUCCCCUUCACUGCCACUUUAUACACUCUUCCUAGCUGGAUAUUUGGGGACUUCAUGUGUCGGCUGGUCAAUUAUCUGCAACAGGUCACUGCACAGGCAACCUGCAUCACUUUGUCUGCAAUGAGUGUGGAUCGGUUUUAUGUGACGGUUUACCCACUCCAGUCUCUCCAUCAUCGAACACCACAGACGGCUCUGACUGCGUGCACCACUAUUUGGAUAUGUUCUCUGCUGCUUUCAGUGCCGAUCGCGUUGUAUCAGCACACAGAGUCUUCGUUCUGGUUCGGUCCGCAGACGUACUGCACCGAGGCCUUUCCUUCUCUCGUUCACAAGAGAGCUUAUAUUCUUUACUCCUUCUUGGCUGUUUACUUGCUGCCUCUGAUCACCAUCUGCAUGUGUUACACUUUCAUGCUCAAACGCAUGGGUCAAGCCACGGUGGAACCUGUUCAUGGCUGUAACCAGCUGCAGACUCCAGCAGAGCGAGUGGAAGCCGUGCGAACCAGAGUCUCCAGAAUGGUGGUUGUGAUGGUUCUGCUGUUUAUAUUCUGCUGGGGUCCAAUUCAGAUCCUGAUUCUCUUACAAGCAUUCUGUUCUGAAGAUGUCAGUCACAGUUAUACACUCUACAAACUCAAGAUCUGGGCUCAUUGCAUGUCCUAUUCCAAUUCCUCCAUAAACCCCGUGAUCUACGCCUUCAUGGGAGCCAACUUUAGGAAGGCCUUCAGAAGUGUGUUUCCUCUGAUCUUCAAAAGGAGCGCAAGAACAACCGAGCCUGUAACCUAUAACAGGGAGAUGAACUUUCUUUCAUCCCGACCUCAAAGGAUGCUUUGGACAAGUUAUGCAUAAUUAUACCUAAUAUAGACAAAAUCAAUAACACUUUUUAUACCAUGGUCUGGGUGAAUACUCGAUUCUGAUUGGCUGUAGGGUGUCCAUUAAAAAGUGAAAGAGGACUCCUAGUAAAGGAGUUCUGG